AUGAUGGAUUAUAUGGACUCCGACCCCCCGGUACGCCGACUACUAGGCCUGGACAGCGGCCCACACACGUUUAGCGGAUAUCAUUAAUAUUAUUGUACAUUGUUAUUAUUAUUCAGAUGUUCUAGAUCAGCUUUUUAUACUAUCAGUCCGUUUAUGUAACCGGGUCUGUCAGGCCCAUAUUAGAGGCCCAGACCCGGAUUUUCUCUAUAUAUACUCCUUAUAGGAGACUUGUAAACCAUAACUCAAUAACUCAUAGUUCAUACACAAUACACAUUUUUCUUCUUCUUCUCCAUUACUCCUUUUGAUUCUUGUUCAAUUUCUCCUGUUUAUACAAUAUGGGUAUCAAUUAUCCAACAAUGGUGCUCUCGUUGAGAGGUUGAACACAAUCAAGUGAGAAAUCCUCCCCGCUUAACCAAAAACUCCCCAAAUUACCCAAAAAAUUCAUCCAAACUCACAAAAAAACCAAGCCAUAACUGUUCUGGAAAUUGCAAAAAAGAAAAAGAGAAAAAAGAACAACGUGAUGAAUCUGCCACUUCAGAUCGGAGAGGUCCCAACUCUGACCGGAGAUUGGUCAUCGUCCAAGCCAUCGCCUACCGCCGCACCUGGCCUGGGAACAAACGCGGAGGUCGCCGUCAAGAUCUCACGUGCACUGCUUCAGGACACGUCACUACUCCGGAUCUGUUUCUCCAAGGAUGGUCCGUCAUCAAUGGCCGUCUGGGAUCACCUAGAAGAGAUGAACGAUCCCGCGUCCAGUUUCUCCACCUUCGCCACAGUAACAAUCGACUCUUGAAGUUUGCUUCUCCACCAGUUCCGCCGGUCGCAGGUCCACACCAGUCUAGUGAGCCCUCCAUUAAUGGCCACGACAAUUUCCCUGUGCAAAGCUUUCAGUCCAGAUCUCGACGGAGACAGGGCAAAAUUGUACAGAGCAGCAGCAGUCCCGAUAAAUCUCUUUCACUCUCCGGCGACGAUUAGCGACGCUUACCGGCGAUGUUUCCAAGCAUCCAGCCUCCUUUACCAGUGGCGUCCGUGCACGAGACCAUUAAGCUUAACACGGAAGUGGCCAUAAGCUUCUUCACCUCGCCACAAUUUCUGCCAUGAAUGGCCACAUCAAGCUCCCUUCACAAGGUUUCCGCUCCAGAUCUCGCCGGGGACAGCCCAGUGCCCAGUGUCGCACGAAGCAACAACAUUUCCAACAAAGAUGAUGUUUUCAAGCGCCCAGCGGUCCGGUACAGCAGCGUUCACGAGCGGCGACCGGAAAGGCCUGGUGGCGGAGGUGGCCUCUUCUCCUUUCGUUCAUUCCUCCGAAGCUGCAGCGAGACGAGGACCUCCCUGGGCCUUCUUUCUCCGUCUGCCAGCGACGACCUCGUUUCGAGUCCUUGCUGGCGGCGGCAGUAUGCAAUGAGCGGCCAAGGGUCUGUUCCAUCCCUUUCCGGGGACAUCAAGGACAGGGAUGACCUGUCUGUUCCAUCCCUUUCUGGCAUCAAUGACCUGCCUCCCUUAUCUCCACACCUAACGCCAGGCUGCAUGAUUUGAGUAUGGGCCAUAGUAAUCAAAGGCCUGCCAAGAUUGAUAUCAAUUGGGACGCACCAAGAGUAAGGCAGUGGGCCAGGCCACAUGUGAUUUGCCCGCACACAUCAUUUGCAAAAGUGGUCAAGCACUUCAGUUGACUCCAGUCAACGAUUAAAAAAGUCCCGCUGACUUUUUGGGCUAAGAGGGAACAUAUUUCAGGCCAAGCAGUCCAAUGUUUCAGUCCACUUUAAAAAGAUAAGUACACUUUAAUUUUAAUAUUAUUAGUAUUUAAUUAAAUCAAUAUUUUUUGUCGGUUAAAUGUCAUACUAUCACGCACUUAUGAUCAAAUGCCUAGUAGAGUGUGGCUUGAGACCCAUCACUAGGAUUUAAAGCCCUGACUCCUCAGGCACAAAGCCCUGUCUCCUCAGGCACAAAGCCCCGACCAAGUCGGGCAUGAAGACAAAACCUCGACCAAGUCGGGUACGAAGACCGGUCUUAGUCAUUCCUCGAGUGGCGACCGUUGCUUACGAAUGGCUCACACAUCCAUUCUACUAAGUAUUUUAUCAUUAGAUUAACAAUUCACAUCUCCACUUGUUUCAAGUGACGAACUCCCGAUCGGGAACAUAAAUCCCAAGAAAAAUUUUUUUUAUGUAUGAUAAAUGUGUAGGUACGAAGAUGACUACUCAUUUUCACCUCGUCUCCACUCGCCUCAAAGAGUGGGGACUGGGGGACUGAGGGGUCAGAAUUUCUAGAUGAGCAAAAAAUAUCACGCAAGAGCAGGAACGAGAGCUGAGUUAGUUGAAGAGCAGCUGAGCUAGAUUGAUUAUGCCGAAGGGGAUUUACCUUCCUUGUUUCAUGUUGGGGGCGCUAGGUGUACUCUUUUUCCCUUUAUUAGGAUUUUUUCCCACUGGGUUUUUCCUAAUAAAGGUUUUUAACGAGGCACCUCCCCAUAAUGGACAAGGGUGGUGGUCCCCCGGCCGGAGAGGAAGAACGUUGCAGAUACAGUUUGGACUACUCCCUUUCGCCUCGAGUACUCUCGACUCAGGGAGUGGGGGACUCCUGAUGGAUUAUAUGGACUCCGACCCCCCGGUACGCCGACUACUAGGCCUGGACAGCGGCCCACACACGUUUAGCGGAUAUCAUUAAUAUUAUUGUACAUUGUUAUUAUUAUUCAGAUGUUCUAGAUCAGCUUUUUAUACUAUCAGUCCGUUUAUGUAACCGGGUCUGUCAGGCCCAUAUUAGAGGCCCAGACCCGGAUUUUCUCUAUAUAUACUCCUUAUAGGAGACUUGUAAACCAUAACUCAAUAACUCAUAGUUCAUACACAAUACACAUUUUUCUUCUUCUUCUCCAUUACUCCUUUUGAUUCUUGUUCAAUUUCUCCUGUUUAUACAAUAUGGGUAUCAAUUAUCCAACAACAUAAUUUGUAGACACUUUCAUGUGUAUAUACACACCACGUUCAGAAUAAAUAGCAACUGUCUGUGUACACGGGCAGGGGCGGAUCUAGCUUUAUCAUUCAGCG